AUGCGCCUCGACCACGCACGCCGAGCCGUCGUGCGCAACCUGCUGAGCGCCGCCGCCCUCACCGUCGCGCCGUCGCUGCCGGCCAGCGCCGACGCGCCGCCCACCUACUCGUUGAAGGGCCUCGCCGGCGCUCUGACUGGCGCCGAUGCGCCGCGCCCAGCCGAUCAACUCGGCGUCAUCGGCCGCGGGCAGAACCGCGACAAGAGCGGCCGGCUCAAUAGCUGCCCGGCGGACAAGAAGGGCUGCAUAAGCACCUUUUCCCAGUUUGACGAGGAGUCGUACGUGCCGCCUUGGACCUAUCAGCCCGGCUUCUCGACGCAGGCAACCUCGCCGAACGACGCGCGGCGCGCUGCGCUGCGGGCCGAGGUGGGCGCCGCGGCGGUGGAGGCCGGCGAGACCAAGCCUGCCCCAAAGAGUCGCGAGGUCGCGGAGCGUGAGCUGAGGGCGGCGAUCGAGGCCGCCGCCGGCCGGAUAGUCGAGACGGGCGACCGCUACCUGUACGCCGAGUUUGAGGCGGGCGGCGGCGCGGUCGACGACGUCGAGUUUCUGUUCUCACUCGACACGCCGAUUGUUGGCUACCGCUCCGCGCCCCGGCGGGGGGCGGACGACAAGCGGCAGCGGAACCGCAUCAAGGAGCUGCGGAAGGCGCUGAAGGAGGACGGGUGGAAGAGCGUCGGUCGCAUCGUCGAGUAG